AUGCGCAUUGGACAAGACGCUUUACAUAUCAAACACACCAACAAGAUUCCAUCGUCAUGCGCCUACACAAAGUCUAUCACCGCAAUCGCUACCGAAGACGCUGCUGGUCCUAAUGGGUCAACAGCUACGCCUGAAGAUGAUGAAUCAAACAGUGGAUACCGUCUUCCUCCAGCAGAGAUCAGAGAUAUUGUUGAUGCUCCACCACUUCCAGCUUUAUCGUUUUCUCCACAGAGAGAUAAAAUUUUAUUCUUAAAGCGAAGAUCUUUACCUCCAUUGUCAGAGUUGGCGAAACCAGAGGACAAGCUUGCAGGCGUUCGUAUUGAUGGGAAAUCUAAUACCCGCAGCAGGAUGUCAUUCUAUACUGGUAUUGGGAUCCAUGAUUUAAGGGAUGAUGGCACAUUAGGCCCAGAAAAAUUGAUACAUGGCUUUCCAGAUGGAUCUAAACUCAAUUUUGUUACAUGGUCAACUGAUGGUCGGCAUUUAGCCUUCAGCAUUCGGGGGCAAGAUCAGGAGGAAGAGGAUGAUGUUGGCAGCAAGCUGAGAGUCUGGGUUGCAGAUGUGGAGACAGGAAAAGCUAAACCCUUGUUUCAGUCACCGGAUGUGUUCCUGAAUGCAAUCUUUGACAAUUAUGUGUGGGUGAAUGAUUCGACUCUGUUGGUUUGUACAAUCCCAGCAUCUAGAGGAAAGCCACCAAAGAAACCACGGGAGUGUGGGGAGCCAGCUUUAUACACAUCACUUGAUCCCUCCCCUGAUCAGAAAUACAUUUUACUUACUUCGCUUCAUAGACCCUUCUCUUUUACUGUCCCAUGUGGAAGAUUUCCCAAAAAGAUUGAUCUUUGGUCUGCUGCUGAUGGAAAAUUUUUUAGGACACUUUGUGAUUUGCCUGUUGCUGAGGACAUCCCAAUUGCUUUUAACAGUGUCCGAAAAGGCAUGCGCUCCUUGAACUGGAGGGCAGAUAAGCCUUCAACUCUCUACUGGGUGGAGACUCAAGAUGGAGGUGAUGCCAAAGUAGAAGUUUCUCCUCGUGACAUAGUCUACACACAGGCUGCUGAAGAGGAAUAA